CCUAAUUGCAUUGAUUGAGUUCACCUGUUGACUCCCUUAUUUAAGACUGCACUUCCCCUCACUCCUUCUUUUCACCUUCACAUGGGGAGGCAGACCUGGUGGUUUUCCGGUACUGGGCCACACACCCUGGGCCUGAAGAUGUUUUUAAUGACACUAAUGCAGAGUCCGAACCACCAUCUUCAUGAGCCCCAAGCAUGGUUCUCCCUUCUGAUGCUUGGAUCACGUUGCCGUGGUAAUCACAGACUAUCUCCCCUUUGACAAAUCUGCGAUCCGCAAUCACUCCUGUCAACAAAGAGAAGAUGAAACUUUGAGUUAUAUGUGAAUAGCUAGAAAACAAUACAGGCUGUUCUGGGUGUUAAAAUGCUCAAAACGUGGUGACAUUUUCUCCCCUUGCAAUGAAAACACCAUGUCUCACCUUUCCCUUUGUCUCCACCAAAGUCUUUGAUGGAGAGGCCCUUCCACCUCUGUGUCAUCACACUCCGGAUGAGCUGCUUGUUGCUGGCGAUGUCCUCUUUAUGGGGUGGCGUCCACAGCUUCAGCACAGUUUGAUAUUUGGGUUUGUUUGUUUCCCAUUUCAUGCCCUCAACACAUCUGUCAAACUGCCGCUGAGUCGGUUGGCGAUGUCUGAAUUUGGCUGGAAGAGAAACAGAACUUCAGUCAUAAAACUUGUUUAGGUGUCAUUUAUCAGUGUGAUAGUCAACGUUGGAGUAGGCUUGUAUAACUUGUGCAAUUAAAAGAUGACUUUGUGAUACGUGGCCAAGUGUGGAGGAGUAUUUGUACAGUCUGGAGUAAAUAUUUUUACUGGAAUAAAAGGGACUCAGUGAUCACUCAUCUACUUUCCAUGAUUAAAUACAAUCUCAACAUCUAGCACAUUAAAAUACACAAGGUCACAAGUAGUGGUUUCAGAUAGAAUUUGUCACAAAAUUCUACUUUUGUCUGAUUAAAAUUGGCCUUUUUGUUGAUGGGUGAAAACAGACUUUCACCAAAGACAGAGUUUGGCUAUGACAGUUUCUUUUUUUGCUUGUUGUCUGUUUUUGCUGCUUUUUGCUGCAUAGACAAUGGCUGACCAGAAUGAGAAGAGGACUCCUGAGUGCAACAUUGUGCACUGUCUGAAGUGCUUCAAGCCUCAGGAAAACCUACCAGUACACCUGGCUCGGGUGUGUAUGAAACAGAGCGAUCCAGAGGAGAGAGACGCUGCGGUGAAGGAAGCCAAGAAAUCCUUUAAGGAUUGGGCCAAAGCAGGGAGGAUGUGGGACUACAAAGAACUCAGUGAGGUCAUCCCUGACAAAGCCAGCCGUUACCGCAUGAUGAGGGAGCUGCUGCAGAGGGGGUGUUUUGUGGCUAACCAGCCCCACGAGCAUGACAUGGCAGGCUCUGCAGGUGAAUCCACCUCUGCUCGUACCUCUGCUGGUACCUCUGCUAAUACCUCUGCUGGAACCUCUGCUGGUACCUCUGCUGGUACCUCUGCUGGAACCUCUGCUGGAACCUCUGCAGGAACCUCUGCAGGAACCUCUGCUGGAACCUCUGCUAGAACCUCUGCUAGAACCUCUGCAGGAACCUCUGCAGGAACCUCUGCAGGAACCUCUGCAGGAACCUCUGCAGGAACCUCUGCAGGAACCUCUGCUGGAACCUCUGCUAGAACCUCUGUUGGUACCAGGUUGCACACCCGGGUAGCCGUCAAAACAAGAUGGGAUCAUUUUGUCAGUGGCAUGAAGUCUGGAAGGGCCUCUCCAUCAAAGACUUUGGUGGAUAUUUGUAAUUGUACAGUAUGUGUUCUGUCUGAAAUAAAUAAUUUUACUGAAAUAAAGGGACUCAGUGAUCACUCAUCUACUUUGCAUGAUUAAAUACAAUCUCAACAUCUAGCACAUUAAAAUACAGAAGGUCACAAGUAGUGCUUUCAUCUCUCCUGUUAUUUAUGCACAAUGCACUAUUGUACACUGCACUAUUUUACUUUAAUUUUACUUUUCUUAUUGUACUUUAUUUUGCUGUAUUUUAUCUAUUGAAAUAUACUGAUUUUUAGCUUAUUGUAUUUCAAUGUAAACAUUCUAAAAAACACCUUAG